AGUAUACAGUCAUCCAGAGACAAUCGACACUACUGAUAAAAUGAGCAAUACUGACCAGUUCAUGCAAAUCACCGGAUGUAUGAACCGAGAUCUGGCCCGAAGAUACAUUAGAAAAAGCGGAGGCUUUUUAGAUCUGGCAAUCGAUAACUAUUAUAACCAUGAAAAUCCAGCAGCAAGUAGCGGGACAUCUAUGAAACAAAUACCACAAAGGCAGGCAGUAGAAGAAUUGAAUAAAGUUUUUGAUAGGUAUGCAGAACAUGCCAACCCCAACCAGAUGGAUAUAGACGGCACAAUUGCGUACUUCACGGACCUUGGCAUUGAUCCUGAGAAAGACGUCGAGGCAAUCAUAGCUGCGUACACUCUAGAAUCACCAUCCACAGGAGUGUUUACAAGGGACGCUUUUGUUAAAAACUGGGCCAAAGUAAAUGCAACAAAUGCUGAAGACAUGUCGAGGUAUUUACACCAGGCAAAACACAACUCCAAGCUAAUGGACUUAGUGAACAAAUUUGCCUUUAAAUACGCUCUCGAAGAAGGGAAAAGAAAACUUGCUGUAGAGGAUGCUGUUGCUCUAUGGAGGGUAAUCUACAAUGACGAUUUUGCAAAAAUACAGGAACCGUCCACAAUGUCGAUAUUCAUCAAUGACUUUGUGGCUAGCGGGAAAAGCGGUAAGGAAAGCAUCAGCAUGGACGAGUGGAAUAUGUCUAGGCUAUUCUUUUCCAUUCCGCUCCCGGAACUUGAGCACCUAUCUGAAGAUGCCGCCUGGCCUGUUCUUAUGGAUGAUUUUGUUGAUUUUCUUUAUCAGAGGGAAUAGGUAGUUAAGUGCUUACAUAAGGAAUAAAGAGGAAAAAGCCAAAAAAAUGAAAAAAAUGAGAAAAUGAGGAAAUCGGAAUUUUUCAUGAAAAAAAUUUUUAUGCUUCUUUAUGGAGACCCCUUGAAAGCGUUGAUAGAUGUAUAUAUGUAUUUAUAAGGUAUACCCUGUGAUUAGUAUCAGAAGAGAGAUUGC